AUGUCGGCGGCCCGGCACGACGGCGUCCGUGAGGCGUCCGAGGCGCAGCCGCUGCUGGGCACGAAGCGCGCGCCGCCGCGCCGUGUGCCUGAGCUGGCGCUGGUCGUCGUGCUGCUGAUCCUGCUCGUGAGUGCGCUCGUGCACACGAUCCAGCGGGAUGAUGAGCGUAUGAUGCAUCGCGUGUGUACGACGCGCCCGUGCCUGGUGGCGUCGUUCGAGCUCAUGCGCUUCCUCAACGAGUCGGCCGAUCCGUGCAACGACUUUGACGAGUUUGCGACGGGUGGGUGGCGCGCGUCGUAUCCUGCGUCGCCCAGCGCGCCGGCGUACGGCGUGCGUGAGCAGGUCGAGGCGCAGAACGACCGCCUCGUGCAGGACCUGCUCUGGACGCUGCGCGACGAGGACGUAUCGCCCGCCGACCGGCUGAGCCUGCACAAGCUGCGCGCGUUCCACGAGGCGUGCACGGACACGCGCGCGCAGAACGAGGCGGGCGCGGCGCCGCUCCUCGAUCUCCUGCACGAGCUGUCGCGCCAGCUGCGGGCGCCGAAUGCAACGACCGCCGCGAUCGCGUGGCUGCAUGCGCGUGGCUUUCCCGUGCUCUUCGACGCGAUCAUCGAUGGCGAUCCCGGGCGCGCGCCGCACGCCGCGACGCCGCGCAUCGUGCCCAGUGGCCUCGGCCUGCGUGCGCCCGCCGCGUACGACGACAAUGUGACGCGGCCGUGGUACGAGGGCCUCGUGCACGAGGGCCUCGCGCACGUCGGCGGCGACGCACGCGAGGUCGUCGCGUUCGAGCACGAGCUCGCGCGCCUGUACCCGCCAGCCACCGAGCUCGCGGAUCCGGUGGCGACGUACCACCCGCUGCUGACGGCCGAUCUGCAAGUCCUCGCGCCGCUCGUCGACUGGCCGUCGUACCUGCACGCCCACAGUCCCCGCGUCCUGCCGCACCGCGUCCUCGUGAGCAGCCCGACGUACCUGCGGCAGCUCGCCGCGCUGCUCCAUCGCACGCCGACGCGCACGCUGCACGCGUACCUGCGCUGGGCCGUGAUCCGCGACGCUGGCACGUACCUCGGGCCUGACGUGCCGCUCGGACAGCCCGCGCGCGCGCUCCAGCCGGCGCCCUCGUGCAUGGCCGCGCUGCACGCCGCGCUCGGCCACAUGAGCGGCCGCUUGUUCGCCGAGCACACGCAGCCGGACGUCCGUGGCGUGCGGCGCAUGAUCGACGCGAUCCGCACGGCGUAUACCCAGCGCCUACCUGACCUGCCGUGGCUCGAUGCCGCCGCGCGCGCCGACGCACGCGCCAAGCUGCAUGGUCUGCAGGCGCACAUCGGCGCGCCGGCGCAGCCCGACGCCAUGAACGCCGACGCCAUCGAGGCAUGGUACGCCGACCUGCACAUCGGCGACGCGCACUGGGCCAACGUGCUCAACGCGCGCAUGCACGCGCACCAGCACGCAUGGUCGCUCCUCGGCGGCGAGCUGCCGCCCGGCUCGCUCGGCGCGCGCCGAACGACCGACGCCCGCGCCGCGUACAGCGCACUCGACAAUGCGGUCGUGUGCCCCGCCGGCCUGCUGCAGCUGCCGUUCUAUGAACGCGACGCGCCGCUGUACCUGCAGUACGGCGCGCUCGGCACGCUCCUCGCGCACGAAAUGACGCACGCCAUCGACACGCCCGGGCGCUGGUACGACGCGGACGGCCGAUGGCGCACGGUGCGCCCCGCCACGCGCCACGCCUCGACCGCCGCACGCCUCGACGGCCUCGCACGCAGCUACGAGGCUUGGCGCGCACUGCUCGCCGAGGGCGACAGCGCGACGUACGCCCGCAACAUGCGCCUGCCCGGUCUGCUCACCUACACGCACGAGCAGCUGUUCUUCCUCGCGUACGGCGCACUGUCCGCGCACCAAGCGCCAUCACAGCGCAUACACGACGCACUCACGCACUUUGCGCCGUGGGCCGCGGCCUUCCACUGCCCCCGCCGUCGCUCGUCGGGCGCGCCGCCGUCGCAUAGGCACGUCACAUAG